UUCCUCGGCGCGCACCAGCGGAGAGGAGCGCAGUUCCGGAGCGAGGAGCGACGCGGGGCUGCUUUGCGUCACUGUUUCAUCCAGGGGGUUAAAACGCGGGUGAGGAGUGAAAGCGAUGACCUCUUUUCUCCACUUUCGUGACGCAGGAGCGCGGAGAUAGUUGGGAAAGUUUUUUUUCCUGCUCUCUCUGUUGGCAGGGCGCUCUGUGCGCUUUGCGUCUCCAUGCGCGCGCUAUAAAGAGCCUCUCUCUAUCGCCUUAUCGGCUUAUCGAUCACCCGGAUUGCUUUUUUUUUGUCUUGGAAAAGGGAAGGAAAGGGAAGUCGUGCUCGAAAUGUUUGCCCACCAGACUCUCCUGUGCCUGCUGGCCUCGCUCAGCCUGCUGGGCGUCCGGCGCGCCGCUGCUGCCUCGUGCGAGCCCGUGCGCAUCCCCAUGUGCAGCUCCAUGCCGUGGAACAUGACCAAAAUGCCCAACCACCUGCACCACAGCACGCAGGCCAACGCCGUGCUGGCCAUCGAGCAGUUCGAGGGCCUGCUGGGCACGCAGUGCAGCCCCGACCUGCUCUUCUUCCUUUGCGCCAUGUACGCGCCCAUCUGCACCAUCGACUUCCAGCACGACCCCAUCAAGCCCUGCAAGGCCGUGUGCGAGCGCGCCAAGUCGGGCUGCGAGCCCGUCAUGAAGCGCUACAACCACACCUGGCCCGAGACUCUGGCCUGCGAGGAGCUGCCCGUCUACGACCGGGGCGUGUGCAUCUCACCUGAGGCCAUAGUCAAAGCGGAGGGACCGGAUAAUCCCUACUAUCAAGACCCUUCCAAAUGUAACCCGGAGUCGAACCCCGACUUCCCCAUGGACUCCACCAAUGGAAACUGUAAAGGAGUCAGUGACCGCUGCAAGUGCAAGACAGUAAAACCUGCUCAGAAGACCUACUUAAAGAAGAAUUAUAAUUACGUCAUACGUGCCCGAGUGAAGGAGAUAAAGAGCCGCAAUCACGACCUCAGUGCCAUCGUGGAGGUGAAAGACGUCCUGAAGUCAUCUCUGGUCAACAUUCCUCGGGACACGGUCACUCUGCACUACAACUCGGGCUGCUUCUGCCCCCCCGUCACCGCUAACGAGGAAUACAUCAUCAUGGGCUACGAGAACGAGGAACGCUCCAGAUUGCUGCUCAUCGAUGGCUCUAUUGCACAGAAGUGGAGGGAUCGGUUAGGAAACAAAGUGAAGCGCUGGGAGACGAUCAGAAAUGCUCGCCGCCACUAACCUGACCGCACACUCUCACACGGACAAACCCCAAACACCAGGAAGUACCCCAGUAAACUGAAAAAAUUGCACUAUUGGACGUUCUUCUCAAAUGUUGUCAAGUAUGAAGAGUUGUAGCAGAGAUUUGUUUUGUUAGUUGUUGUCUUUUAUGAUGUUUUUAUAUUCUCUCUGUUUUGUUGUUUGCAUUUGCACAAACAAAAUGUUCAAUCGACAUUGCUGUGUGUGUGUGUGUGUGUGUGUGUGUGUGUGUGUGUGUGUGUGUGUGUGUGUGUGUACAUAUUUUGGAUGGGUGUGUGUGGGGAGGUUAGAGGUCAUCUAAGGCUUCUUGAAAGGGGAGAUGUCAAGGAACCAAAGUGGAAAAAAUACCAUGGAGCUUAAAGCGAUAGUUUUGUGAAAAGUCAGAUUUCUUCAGUGUUCCACAUGCAGUUAAUCAGUGAAGGCAUCUUUGGUGUCAGAAGUGGGAAUUUUCAGUUGGGGCUGCAAGGUUAAUUUUGUCCAUGUUAUGCAGUGUCAGAAAAAGGGCUGAAAGAUAAAUUGUUUUUAUAUCAAAAACAAAAUUUGAAAGAGUGCAAUUUUCAAAUUGCAAGAGAUUAAAUUUUUAUUAUAAUCUGUGUCCAUGGUUAUGCAGCUUCCAUUUCCAUGGUUACGCUAUAACUAUUUCCAGGCAUGAACAGCUUGUGUAACGAUUUAGGCGUAGAGUCUAAUGCAAGGUUUAAGUAGGGAAAUUUUAACUAAUAACAUGGAGCUUGUGAACUGCUGUGACAUCACAACCAUAUAUAACUGGCAGGUUGGUGCUUUGUGUUAGCAGUUCAAGUCUCAAGCCAGAAAAAAACAUAUAAUGGUCUUCUUGGCCAAAGAAAAGACCCUUACCUCAAUUUAUAUUUCAGUUCUAGACCAUUGCAAUUUAAAUCAUAAUUGUAAUAUCAGUCAGAAAAAUUGCAAUGAGCUUCCAUUAUUUGUAGUAAACUUCAGACAUCAACCAUGUCUUGGACAUUUGAGGAAAAAAAUCUGUUUUAUUCAGUUUUCCUCAUGUACUUAAUCAGUAAAAGCAUCUUUGGUGUCAGAAGUGGGAUUUUCAGUUUUGUAUUGGAGCUGCAAGGCAAAUUUUUUCCAUGUCUGUAGAUAAACGUGUGUCACACAGUGUCAGAAAUAAAGCAGAAUGAUCGUUUUUAUAUCAAAAUCAUAAUUUGAAAGAGUGCAAUUUUCAAAUUGCAAGAGCUGCAGUUUUUAUUAUAAUCUUAAACAAGUGCUGUUUCCAUGGUUACACCACUCCCAUGUCCCCGUGGUUCCAUUGCUUGUAGGUACAUCAGCCUCGUAGCUAAAGAAGCAAACUUCAGACACCAAACAUGUCUUAGACAUUUGUGGGGAAAAUUUGCCAAUUUGAUUUAUCUCUAAACUAUCGCUUUAAAUGGAGUGGCUGACAGUGAUCCAGCAAUGAUGGGAUGAGAAAGCCGAGUGUUUGGACUCGACUCCAUCAGGCUUUCACGCUUUCAAAGGAGUGGAAGGCGCAGCUACAUCAGCAGCUGCAGCUGUGCCGAGUUUUUAUUCGCUGGAUUAAACAUUCUUCAAAGGAAAAACAACGAACAGAGGGGGGGAGCAUCUUUUGGCAGGAAACAUAAAGAGAACGGAGGAAGAUCCAGCGCUGGGAGUGAAAUGUUAUUGAGGACAACAAAAACAAAUGUUGAGCUUUAUUGAACCUUCAUUUAAAAGGAACUCUUUCUUUUUUCCUGCAUAAUAUUUCUUAGUCCUGUUUUUUUUUCUUUAACACGUGUUCAGUACUUUUGAUCGUAAGCCAUUCCUAGGAAGCUGUUUAUGUAAGAAUGCAUACUGAGUGGCAUGCAAACUUUGGUUAAUUGAAACAGCUGUUGUUGUUUUAAAGCAGUGUUUUUACUGGACUGACCGGUGCUAGAUGACUGGACACUGCUCCAAGCCCACUUCAGACCAUUACUCACUCUGUCUGUUAUCACAUUUACAUCCACUAUUAAACAUAUCUGCCUGGUUACAUGACUGA